AUGCCUGAAGAACAACCACAACAACAACAACAACCAGUUCGUGAACAACCAUCGAACCCAGAUGAUGUACCAUGGAAAAAAGUAUGGACAAUCAAUGAAAUGAGAGAUUCUGCAAAGGAUUGGAAUUUAUCAUCAGAUGCAGGUCUUUUAAAUUAUAUGCAAGAUUUUGCAAAUAAACUUAUCUAUAAAACUAAAGAAUUAGAAUUUCAAGUUGAUGAAUUAGUUAAAGAUUCAAAAUCAAUUCAUGUUAAAGUUCAUAAUACAUUUGAUCAAUUUUUAAUGUUAUCAAAUACUCAAUUCAUUGAAAAUAGAGUUUAUGAAGAUAAUUCAGAAUUAAAUAAUGAGCAAAAUGAACAAACAGAUAAACCACAACAACAAGAGAUUACAGAAGAAAUAUUAAUACCAAAAUUUUCAAAAGCAAUAUUAAUUGGUUUGGAAGCAUUAGAGAAAGCAAACUUUGUAAAUGCAGCAUUGGAAAUUUCAGAACAAUCAAAUAGUAAUAACAAUAAUAAUGAUUAUCAACAACAAAUGAAUGGUAGUAUUGCAGCAUCAUCAGCUGAAGGCGGUUUAGUUGAAGGUGGUGAACAAGCAGGUACUGAUGCACAACCAUCAGCAAAUACAGAAAAGAAGAAAGAGAAAUUAGAUCACUAUUUAAGAUACCCAUUACCACAUAUCAUUGGUUCACAACAAUUUCAUCAAGAUGAUUUCUGUGGUUUAUUCAUUGAAGAUUCUGAUUCUGAUUCUUCAGAUGAAGAAGAUGAGGAAGAUGUUGAUGCUGAGGAUGGUAGUGAUGAAUCUUCAAGUGAAAGUAGUAGUGAUGAUGAUGAUGAAAAAGAUGAACAACAACAAUCAACAUUGUUCCUCACUGAUGAACAACCAAAACAACAAAACUUUUUCUUCCAAGAUGAAGAUGCUACAUCUGAAAAUAAUGCAAAUAAGAAGGUAUCUGAAUCAUUAUUUGAAGAUGAGGAUGAUAUUUUCGGUGAUAAACCAGUCGCAAGUAAAAAAUCAUCAAAUUCAUACACUUCUUCAUUAUCAGAUAUUUUAGGUGGUGAUGAUGAAGAUGAUUUAUUCGGUGGUAGUAAAAAGAAACAACAACAACAAGAAGAUGCAGAUGGUGAUGAACCAACUAAAAAGAAAGAUCCAUUCGCUGAUGAACUUAAUAAUACAUUAUCUUCAAAGAAUAAAGGAGGUGACGAUGAUUUAUUCGGUGGUAGUAGUUCAACUACAACCACUUCAAAACCAAAGAAGAAAUCAAUGUUUGAUGAUGAUUUAUUCGGUGAUUCUGAAGAAACACCUGCACCAAAAAGUAGUGCUAGUAGAAAAGUUACAUUUGAUGAUUCAUUAUUUGGUGAUGAUGAAACAGCUUUACCAACCUCUAAAAAAGAUUCAACUACUACCUCUUCACAACCACAACAAAAGAAAACAUUAAAUGAUUUAUUCACUGAUGAAGAUCUAACACCAGCAACCAAAAAAGAAACAAAGAAAUCAUCAUCACUUAGCUUUUUGGAUGGUAUGGAUGAAGAUGAUCUAUUUGGUACUCCAAAACCAAAAUCAACUACAACAUCAGCAGCACCAACAGCAACUACUACCAAACCACCAACUCCAAUACCUGAUUCAGAUGCAUCAGGUAGUGAGUCAACAACUGGUAAAAGUAGUCCAGCACCAAAGAAACCAGUUGGUGGUGUUAAAUUAUUUGAUUUCGAUGCUGCUGGUGGUGAUAUAUUCAGUGGAAAGAAAGUUGGCACUGGUGGUAAAUCAUCUCCAUCACCAGCACCAAAGACAGAGUCAAAAGCAUCAGAGGAUGACUUUUUCUCAUCAGAUAAGAAAUCAACAUCUGCAACCAAGAAGGAUGCUGAAAUCUUUGGUUCAGAAGGUGGCUUAUUAGAUGUACCAGAAAAGAAAAUUAAAAGACAUGAUCCAAAGAAAUAUGUCGAUAGUGAUGUACUUGGAAUUGAUUCAAUCUCUAGUGAUAAAAAUAAACCAAAAGUUCAAGAUCCAUUUGGAGUUGGUGCUGCUGGUAGUAAUGAUGAUGAUUCAUUUGAUAUUCCAAAAGCAAAUUCUAAAAAAGAACAAGAAACUAAACCAACUAAAUCAACUACUACUGAUGAUGAUCUUGAUAUUCCAAAAGCACCAACAACAGCAACAACAACAACAACCACAAAACCAGCAGUUAAAAAAUCAACUAAAUCAAACUUUUUCGAUUUUGAAGAUACAGAUUCACCAUUAUCAUCAAAUAAAAAGAGUGGUGGUGAUGAUGAUUUAUUUAGUUUUGAUUCAAGUAAAACAACAACAGAAACAAAGAAACAACCAAUCACUGAGGAACCAAAGAAGAAACAAGAUACAACAACAACACCAUCAAUUGAUCCAUUUAGUGGACUUGAUAUCAAAAAACCAUCAGAAGCUUCUAUUUCACCAGCAUCACCAGUUUCAACCAUUGAAUCAGACCCAUUAUUUGGUGAUAUUAAAAAACCAGUCGCUCAAAAACCAAAGAAAACUAAUUUCUUUGAUGGUGAUUUAACAAAAGACGAACCAGCAAAAUCUGAACCAACUAAAGUUGAACCAACCAAAGUCGAACCAACCAAAGCUGAACCAACAAAAGUUGAACCAGCAAAAGUUGAACCAACCAAAGUUGAAUCAGACAAGAAAGAAUCUAACCCACUCGGUGGUGGUGACGAAGAAUCAGUAUUUGGUGAUUUCUCAAUUAAAAAAAAUCCAACAACAUCAUCAUCAACAACUGCUACUGAAAAUAAACCAGCAGUUAAAAAAUCAACUAAAUCAAACUUUUUCGAUUUUGAAGACACAGAUUCACCAUUAUCAUCAAAUAAAAAGAAUGAUGAUGAUAUUUUCUCAUCAACAACAAAGAAAUCAACAACAACAACAACAACAACAACAUCAAGUAAAGACUUUUUUGGUGAUUUGGAUACUAGUAGCGGUAAUAAAAAAGUUGAAGAAAAGAAAUCAUCAGAUUUUGAUAGUUUCUUCUCUGGUAGUGAUGAUCCAUUAGGAAUUACAAAACCAAAAUCAAAGACAACUACUACACCACCACUUACAUCUACAACAGCAAAUAUUGAAUCUGAUGAUCCACUUUCAUUAGGUUUACCAACAUUCACAAAUAACAACAAUAAUAAUAAUGCAAAACCACCUCCACCACCAUCACCAUUAGGAGAGGAUGUACCAUCACCAUUAACAAGUAAUAAUACAAAGAAUAGAACUAAAUCAAUUGGAUCAAUGUUUGAAGCACAACAACAACUACAACAACAACAACAAGAAAAGAAUAGAUCAGAAUCACCAACAUCAGAAAAAGCUGAACCAACAAAGAAAACAUCAAAUAUUUCGUCACUUCAAAAUAAAUUAUCAUUAAAUCCAAAUAUGUUUUUACCAGGAUCUAAAAUGCCAAAGAAAAAGAAAGAAGAAUCAGAAAAUGAAGAUGAUAGUAGUACAAAUAAUGAUAAUGAUUCAUCUGCAACUGAUUUAUCAGAUUCUGGUAGAUCAUCACCAUCUGUCACUUCUCCAACCCUAUCUGGUGGUAGACCACGUAGAAAUACAGUUUCGUCUCGUAAUAAUAAUGACUCUGAAGAAAGUGAACCAGUUAAAGAAUUGACUCAUGCAACUGCAAGUAGACCAAAAUCUGGUGGUCGUAGACCUCCAACUCGUAAAUCUGGUACUUCUGCUCCAAAUAGAUCAGAAUCUCCAACUCCAACUCAAAAAUCCGAUUCAGAAUCUGAAAAAGUCAGAUCCUCUUCACCAAUUACAACCAAACCAGUUGUUUCUGAACCAACAAAGAAGACUAUUUCAAAUACAUCAUUCUUUGAUGAUAUUCCAUCAGAAAAAACUUCUAGUGGUAAAUCUUCACCAUCUCCAACUAUUAAAUCAACAUCAGAAAAAGUUACAAUUGACCCAUUAGGUGAUAUCUUUGCAUCUACUACUACUAAACCAACUGCUUCUGAAACCAAAGCUGCUCUUUCCUCUGCUCCUAAAAAAUCUGAACCAGAAACACCAAAAGAAACACCAAAAGAAACACCAAAAGAAAAAGAACAAACAAAAGAAAAAGAACAACCAAAAGAAACACCAAAAACUACAACAACCAAGAAAUCAACCAAAGCAGUUGAAACUAAAUCUGAAACAGAUUCAUUCUUUGAUGAUAUCCCAGAUAUUAUUUCAAGACCAAAAGCUUCAGUUAAAAGUGCUGCAGCCAAAAAAGCAUCAUCAACUACUAAACCAGUUAUUUCUGAUGAUAUUUUCGAUGAUAUUACUAGUACAACCUCAAAAUCAACAACAACAACAACUACAACAACUACUACUAAAGCAAAAUCAACUAAAGCCGUUGAUAAUUUAUUCGAUGAUGAUACCAACACAACUACAAAAGCAACUCCAACAAAAGCAACUCCUUCGAAAUCAAAACCAAAAGCUAAAAAUGUGGAAAAUUUAUUUGAUUAA